ACAAAAAACAAAUCCAUUCCGUGCAGGAGAGCGAGACUCCCGGCGGGUUUUCCGCCGUGCCCUGGCCAGCCUCUCGCUCGCUCUCAGCCUCCGUCUCCCUCGCGCGCUCUCUUCCUCCCUCCCUCCCUCCUCCCCUCCUCAUCCUCCUCCCCCUCGCGCUCUCUCUCUCUCUCAUCUCUCGCUCUCCUCUCGUGCACUCUCCAGCCAGCCCCUCUCGCUCGAUCCGCCGCUCACUUCUGUCUCAAUAUGUCUCAAGAUGGCGGCCAAUGUGGGAUCGAUGUUUCAAUAUUGGAAGCGCUUUGAUUUACAGCAGCUGCAGAGGGAGCUUGAUGCCACGGCGACAGUGUUGGCAAAUCGACAAGAUGAAAGUGAACAAUCGAGGAAGAAGCUCAUUGAACAAAGCCGCGAGUUCAAGAAAAACACUCCAGAGGACCUGCGGAAACAGGUAGCUCCGCUAUUGAAAAGUUUCCAGGGAGAGAUUGAUGCACUGGGUAAAAGAAGUAAAGAAGCAGAGGCAGCAUUCCUGAAUGUCUACAAGAGAUUAAUUGAUGUUCCAGAUCCCGUUCCAGCUCUAGAUCUGGGGCAGCAGCUCCAGCUGAAAGUCCAGCGCAUGCAUGAUAUUGAAACAGAGAACCAGAAACUUAGGGAAACCCUUGAGGAAUAUAACAAAGAAUUUGCAGAAGUGAAAAAUCAAGAGGUGACAAUAAAAGCACUUAAAGAGAAAAUCCGGGAAUACGAGCAGACCCUGAAGAACCAAGCUGAGAACAUAGCUCUUGAAAAGGAACAGAAGUUGCAAAAUGAUUUUGCAGAGAAAGAAAGAAUGUUGCAAGAGACACAAAUGUCGACAGCCUCAAAGCUGGAAGAGGCCGAACACAAAGUGCAAACUCUACAAACAGCCUUGGAAAAGACGCGGACGGAAUUGUUUGACCUGAAGACAAAAUACGACGAGGAGACCACUGCAAAGGCUGACGAAAUCGAGAUGAUCAUGACGGACCUUGAAAGAGCAAAUCAGAGGGCAGAGGUAGCUCAGAGAGAGGCCGAAUCCUUGCGGGAGCAGCUCUCCUCAGCGAACAAUUCGCUCCAUCUGGCAACCCAGAUCCAGAAAGCACCGGAUGUGGAGCAGGCCAUUGAGGUGCUGACGCGAUCCAGCUUGGAGGUCGAACUGGCCGCGAAAGAACGCGAAAUCGCUAAGCUCGUCGAAGACGUGCAGAGACUGCAAGGCAGCCUCACCAAGCUCCGGGAAAACUCCACCAGCCAGAUAUCCCAGCUGGAGCAGCAGCUGACUGCGAAGAACAGCACGCUCAAACAACUGGAAGAAAAACUGAAGGGCCAAGCUGAUUAUGACGAGGUGAAGAAAGAAUUAAACAUCUUGAAGUCCAUGGAGUUUGCAUCGUCUGACGGCUCCAGCGCCCAGGAUGCUGCAUCCAAACCACUGGAAGUCCUACUUCUGGAGAAGAACCGCCUACUACAGUCUGAGAAUGCCACGCUGCGGAUCACAAACAGCGACCUGAGUGGGUCAGCCAGGAGAAAAGGGAAAGACCAGCCUGAGAGUCAGCGUCCUGCAACUUUGCCAGCUUCCCCUCCUUCUCAGUUGCCCCGCAACACAGGGGAGCAGGCUUCCAAUACUAAUGGUACUCACCAGUUCUCACCAACGGGUUUAAGUCAAGACUUUUUCAGCUCGUCCUUGGCAAGCUCCGGCUUACCCCUGGCUUCUACGGGAAAAUUUGCACUAAACUCUCUCCUCCAGCGCCAGCUUAUGCAGUCCUUCUACUCCAAGGCAAUGCAGGAAGCAGGAAGCACAAGCAUGAUUUUUUCAGCAGGUCCCUACAGCACAAACUCCAUAUCUUCCCAAAGUCCUUUGCAACAAAGCCCGGACGUCAACGGCAUGGCCCCAUCGCCCAGCCAAUCGGAAAGCACCGGCAGUGCCUCCGAAGGCGAGGAAAUUGACACGGCUGAAAUUGCACGUCAGGUCAAAGAGCAGUUGAUCAAGCACAAUAUUGGACAGCGGAUAUUUGGACAUUAUGUUUUGGGGCUCUCGCAAGGCUCCGUGAGCGAGAUCUUGGCUCGGCCAAAACCGUGGAAUAAGUUGACGGUGCGAGGCAAGGAGCCAUUUCAUAAGAUGAAGCAGUUCCUCUCAGACGAGCAGAACAUCUUGGCGUUGCGCAGCAUCCAGGGCAGGCAAAGAGAGAAUCCAGGCCAGAACCUGAACAGGCUAUUUCAGGAAGUACCGAAACGAAGAAAUGGGUCGGAAGGUAACAUCACCACGAGAAUUCGAACCACGGAGGCAGGCUCUGAUGACGCUAUCAAAUCCAUCUUAGAGCAAGCAAAAAGGGAGCUGCAGGUGCAGAAAACAGCUGAGCCUGCUCAGCCCCCUUCUUCCUCCAGCAGCGGCGGUUCAGACGAUGCCAUCCGUUCCAUCCUGCAGCAAGCCCGGCGUGAAAUGGAAGCACAGCAAGCUGUCCUCGAACCGGCCUUAAAAGCAACCCCCCUGUCCCAAGCAGAGAUUUCCAUCUUGUCCCCGAAACUGAUCCCCGCAUCGGUCUCCAGUUAUUCUUCCCUGGCCAUGUCCUUGAAGAAGCAUUCGUCGUCAGUGGACUCCGGCAUCUCCUCUCUGUCGAACCCCUCCGGACUGAAGAAGGAGGCCCAAGAGGCCCCCAUCCUUGACCUCCACGGGAUUUCCGAUUCGACGCAAGGAGUGCUGAGGCACGUUAAAAACGAACUGGGGCGUAGCGGGGUGUGGAAGGACAACUGGUGGAACACUGUGCAGCCGGAAAGGAGAAACGCGGCUCCUCCCGAAGAGCCCAAAGUGGAGGAGGUCUCCAGCGGGAAGGAGAAGGCCAGCAGCCAGUCUCGGUCGGAUCGGGGCCAGCAGCUCCAGGGGCCCUCCUCUUCCGACUACUGGAAGGAGUGGCCCAACGCCGAGUCCCCCUAUUCCCAGAGCUCCGAACUGAGUGUGACAGGGGCCAGUCGCAGCGAGACGCCUCAAAACAGCCCCCUCCCUUCCUCCCCCAUCGUCCCUUUGUCAAAGCCAUCGAAACCUUCCGUUCCUCCACUCACCCCUGAGCAGUAUGAGAUUUAUAUGUACCAAGAAGUGGAUACAAUAGAGCUAACCCGUCAGGUCAAAGAGAAGCUUGCAAAGAAUGGCAUCUGCCAAAGGAUAUUUGGGGAAAAGGUGCUUGGUCUCUCCCAGGGGAGUGUCAGCGACAUGCUGUCCCGGCCAAAGCCAUGGAGCAAGUUGACGCAGAAAGGCCGCGAGCCGUUCAUCCGCAUGCAGCUCUGGCUGAACGGUGAACUGGGCCAGGGAGUCCUGCCGGCCCAAGGGCAGCCUCAAGGCCAAGUCCUUCCCUCUGCGUCGUCGCUGCAAGAUUCCCUCCAGCAGGGAUGUGCAAGCUCAGAAAGCACCCCAAAGACUUCGGCCAGUUGCAGUCCUGCUCCGGAGUCCCCUAUGAGUUCCAGUGAAUCUGUGAAAAGCCUGACAGAGCUGGUCCAGCAACCCUGCCCCACCAUAGAGACAAAUAAGGAUGGCAAGCUGCAAGAAUCGAGUGAGCCCUCAGCUUCCGAUUCCCAAUCCACCACACCAUUGCCCAUCUCCGGACAUUCAUCACUCAGCAUACAGGAACUAGUCGCCAUGUCACCGGAACUGGACACCUACGGCAUCACCAAGAGGGUUAAAGAAGUGCUCACAGACAACAAUCUUGCGUGGCUGACAAGCCUAAAACGCAGCAGAAGAGGCAAGAAAUGUACCCCAAACCUUGCAUUAGGUCAGCGUCUGUUUGGGGAGACAAUCCUGGGGCUCACACAAGGCUCGGUCUCGGACCUGCUGGCUCGUCCCAAGCCCUGGCACAAGCUGAGCUUGAAGGGCCGGGAACCCUUUGUCCGCAUGCAGGUGUGGCUGAACGACCCCAACAACGUGGAGAAACUCAUGGACAUGAAGCGCAUGGAGAAGAAAGCAUACAUGAAACGACGGCACAGCUCAGUUAGCGACAGCCAGCCUUCUGAGUCUUCUUCAGCCGGAAUAGAUUACAGCCAGGGGGCCAGCCCUCAACCGCAGCAUCAACUGAAGAAACCCCGCGUCGUGUUGGCCCCAGAAGAGAAAGAAGCUCUGAAGCGAGCCUAUCAGCAAAAGCCAUACCCAUCUCCAAAAACCAUUGAGGAACUCGCCACCCAGCUCAACUUGAAGACCAGCACCGUCAUUAAUUGGUUCCACAAUUAUAGAUCUCGCAUUCGCCGAGAGCUGUUCAUUGAAGAAAUCCAAGCUGGAGGGCAAAGCCAGGCUGGGACAAGCGACUCUCCAUCCGCUCGGAGCAGCAGGGCAGUCCACAGCUCCGAAGGGGACAGUUGCGAUGGCGUGGAUGGCGAAGGCCCGCCUGAAGCCAAACUGAGCAGCUUGGAAGCUGACGAUUACAGCAAUGCAACCACAAAGUCUCAGGGAGGGCGAGCAGCGUCAGCUUUCGAAGCAGGGGAAGAGGCACUGCGAGACGCCGGAUCUUCAGAGAAAACGGAGACAUUCCAGUUGGAAAUGGAGAGCCUGGAAGACACGGAUGAUGAGGGCAGGCCGAAAGUGCCGCGGCGGAGUUCUCCAGCAGGCUCUCAGCAUUCCGGAGAAACUCCAGAGACGACGCCAAACUCUGCUCCGGAAGAGGAUGCCUCUACCUCAGCUGCCUCCGCCUUGGCCCUUACGGGGGAGGGCUCCAGCAAGUCGAAGGAGGAAGGCGUGGAGAAAAUCCCCAUUGUGCCAAGUACCAGUUCCACGCCGGCCGCCGGCACUCAGAAGGCCAACUCUCUCGAGAGCUUGUUUGGCUUUCCUGAGGCAGCGUGUGCCAGGAACGCACGAGACAACACCCUGAGGAAAAAGAAGGCAGCAAAUUUGAACAGCAUAAUCCACCGCUUGGAGAAGGCCGCGAGUCGAGAGGAGCCGGCCGAGUGGGAGUUUUGAAAUUAUGCUCACCCAGCUCUAGAGAGCUGGGGAAAGUGAAAACUUGGACCUCUGCUGGUUUUAAUUGUGUCCCGCACUUACAGCCCUGCAGGCCACGGGGCAAAAAAAAAAAAAAACGCCAUAGGCCAAGGUGCAUAUAUCGAACGAAAGGAGCGUUUCAGCCCACUUUAUGUUUGUUUUUUUUCCCCCGCGUGUUUUCAAGGAAGAAAACUGAAAUGUGUAGUCGAGCUUUUUUGUACCCCGAAGUGUUUUUAUUAAUUGCCCUUAAGUGAUUUCCACAAUUUCUGGGGGGAGAAAAAACUCAUACAGCUUUUGCCUUCUGCCCCUCCUCUUCGGUGUGGGCUUUAAAACAAACAGAAAAAAAAAUUGUACAAAACAAGAAAAAAAAAAUCAAACCCACAUAUUUAAAAGGGGGCUUUUUAUCUGCCAUCUAAUGGCUCAACCGAGUGAUAAUACACUAUUAUCUUCUUGAACCAGGAAAAAAAAAAGUUGGAAAGGGGAAAGGUUUUUGAAAGGAAAAAAAAAAAGGUUUUUUGUAGCUGUUCAGUUGCCACUAAGAGAUUGCACAGUCAACCAGACUCUAAACACACUAGUUUGAAUUCCUAAAUAUUUUCAAGAAAGAAUAUUGUUUGAAACUUGGGAUUUAAAAAAAAAAACAUUUACUCCACAUAUUUUUUAAACAAAACAAAAAAAAGUCACAUCAGGAAAAAAAAAUCUUAAUUUGUGGUAGCUGACUUCAGUGUGUUUUUUCUUGUAAAGUGGAAUAGAAAAAUUGACCUUGUAGUGCACAUUGUUUCAUAGCUUUAACCGAUUCUGGUCUCUUUACGGACUGGGAUUUGUUUAAUACACUCCAUUUUAGGCCAAAUCAGGACAGAGAAGAAAAAAAAAGAAGAAAAAACAUAAUUCUGAAAUCUAGGUAUUUUAUAAUCUGCUUUUUAACCUCUAACCACAGAGCACGCAGAUCUGACCUCAUUUGUAGGAGGUUUGGGAGACAACUUGGAAUGGGGGACGUACUUGGUCGCUUCGGGUUGAGUCCUUUGGUUGAUGGCCUUGCAAAUGGGUCCAUGCAAGUUACUAGUCCACAAGACUUUUUUUUUUCUUCAGAUCACAUGUAUCUAUGCUAGUCAUUGGUGCCCUAUAAGGAAAAAUAAAAAGAACACCAGCUCUUAAAGGGGACAAAAAAAUAAUUUGGGUAGCUGUUUAUGUACCUACAUUAUACCUAAUUUUUUUUUCUGUAGUUGAUGAAAAAGCGGUUGGCCGCUGCUACUUCCACCAGGAAAGAGACUGAGUGGAGGUGUACCUUGCAGCAAGAAGCAUUUACAAUGGUUUGCCUCUCGAUAGGAGCUCCUCUUAUUGAUUGCAAUGUACUGCCUUGUUGGCGCAUCUUAACAGAUCUCACCCGCCGCCAAGAUAAGAACGAGGCCUGUUCAGCCAAUUUAAUUACUCCGGGCCCACAGCAAAGCACUGAUUCCCCUAUGUUUCAGUUGUGGGAAGGGAACAGUGGCGGGGCGGGGGGGAGAGGAGUACAUGGCACUCGAUUAUCCCAGUUUAAACCACAAGACUCCCAAAGGAAACGUCAGCACCCCUCCAAAGCCAUCAUGCCGCCCCUCUGAAUCAUCACCUCAUCCAAAGGCUGAUCACAGUACUGGUCCAGGUUCCAACAUGUCUCCAAUGCCUCCUGUUGUCUACGUGUGUGUAUAUGCGUGAGCAUAGAGGCGCAUGGAAGGACGAGUGCAUGUGUGUGCGUAUGUGUGUGUGUGUGCAAUUUUAUACGUCUGUAUUUUCUUACGUACUUUGUGCACGCAUAGAGUGCAUUUACUGCCACCUGUUUCCAAUAAGCUGUUUUAUCAGUUAUGGCUUCUACAAGUUUUUGCUGACUUAGAUUCCUUUUAUUGCCAUAUCUUUAAAAAAAACUAACAAUAGAUGAUUUCGGUAUAUAUAUA